GGUAGAUUAGCCGGUUUACCGGCCACCCCCGGUUCUCGGCCACUACGUACUAAAACUGUAAUAACAUGACAACUUUACCGUAUUUAUUGAAAAAAUGAGGGUAAUCGGAUAAAUUCAGUUGACAUUGACAUAUCCUAAAUUUGUUAGCUUGAUAUCGUUUUGAUUGGCUCGUCAGUGCAACAAAGUAAUUUACACAGUGUGAAUGUUAGACAAAUUUGCAAAAAAAAUUGUGAUUCAAUAUUUUUUCGAGGGCGGGGUUCGAAGCGCGCGCUAUGGUGCGGUGGAAGUAUUGCCUGGUGCUGGCGCUGUUGCUCUUGCGGACCGACGCCAAGGACGACGAUGAUGAUGAAGACUGUCACAGAGGUGAGGAAAACGAUGACGAGGAGGAAGACGAGGCGGACGAGACCGACGAUGAUGAAGAACGUCCGGACACGAUGGAUAUACCUCCGGGUCGGCGGACGCGGGUGUUAGGGACGCCGCCGGGUCAAGAGGGCGUUACUCCAAGCAGGACAACGAAGAGGGCUCCCCUCGAGUGCUACGUAUGUGGUUAUAGAAGCGAGAUGCCGCUACGGUCGUGCCUUGAUCCUGCAAAAUACAGGGUUCAUUCAGUGACAUGUCACAACUUGGAUGACAAGUGCUUCACAACAGUGAUAUCAAAGGACAAGGCGUACGUCGCCGUCAUCCGCGGCUGUCGCACCGGCUGCGUCGGUUCUCCGGACACUACGUGCUGUGAGCGAGACCGCUGCAACAACCAAGCGUUCGCGAUGCCCAUAGUACCGCGCGCGCACUCCGAUAGCUCAGAAGCCGCUCCGUUAUUAUCCAUCGCUGCCAAAACCACGCCUUCCAACGUGGUGUUCUUCGUCACGGUAUUGCUGCUUCUGCAGACGGUGGUCAAGGUGGCCUUUGUGUAACAUAAUACAAAAUGUUGGCAAUGUAGUGCCGAGCGCGCAAAAACCUUUUUCAUCCACCGCUGCCAAGAGCAUUGCUUGGAACAUGCUGUUCUUCGUUACCGUACUUUUGCACACGGUGGUUAAGAUGCCUUCCGUGUAACAGUUAUAAAGUGUUAGCAAUGUCUAUAGUGCCCAGUACGCACGGAGUCUAGGGAAACCGGUCAAUCGAGUAUCAAAACCUAAUCUACUUGAAAGACAUUUUGGUAAUUUUUUUAAAGCUGGUGGACUACCCACGUCCUAACCUUAACAUGUAUGUGGUAACAAAUAUUUCUACUCAUUAUGUGAAAUGUUGGUGCGGUUUUUGUGAUGUUUUAUUACUGUCUUGUACACUGAUUUUAUAAUAAAUUUUAAAUCAAUA